AUGGCGCCAGUCACGAAUCUAAGCUACGAGCCCGUCAGUCCCGUGGAGCCUGAACCACACUCGAUGAGGCGCGGGAGAGAGCCCCAUGGUCUGCCCAAGGGAGGCUCUCGGGUUACCGAGGUGCUGCCUUCUCCCAACGACUCUGUCUGGACUCUCCAAGACGAGCGGCGGGCGAGGACGCCGCCAGGAGGACAUGGCGAAAAGGCCCAGGUGAAGCUGGGAAUGAUGGAGCGGCUCGAGGAAACGUGGAUAUGGGAGACGCUGGCCCUCACUUGGGCGCUCAUGUGCCUCGCCUCAGUAAUUGCUGUCCUGGCCUUCAUUUCCGGCAAAUCAGUCUCCUCGUGGAAGAUGCCGAUCGGGCCCAACGCACUGGUCGGUGUGUUUUCCACUCUCUCCAAAGCCGCCUUGAUGACGGUCAUCCCGGCGUGCAUAUCGCAGCUCAAAUGGAUUCACUUCUCCCAGUCCCCCAGGCGCCUCAUUGACAUGCAGGCCUAUGACGAUGCGAGCCGUGGGCCGUUUGGCUCCCUGCUCUUCUUGCACAGUCUGAUAGUGAGAAGGGGACGGUCGAAAGUGUCCGCCUUGGCCGCGGUGGGCUGCUUCAUCACCACCGUGGCCCUGGCACUCGAGCCCUUCACGCAGCAGAUCAUCAGCUUCCGCAUCCGAGAAAUCGAGCUCGGUGACGGUCAAGGAACUGCCAGUCUGGCUGUGGCCACUGCUUAUGAUACCAACGCUGACACCAGGUCUGGCACUUGGAGACGAGAGGUCAUGGACCAGUCUAUGCAAGGCGCCAUUCUAGCCGGCAUCUUCUCGCAGACCAUCGACACGGGCGCCUAUGAACAGUGCUCGACGUCGAAUUGCUCGUGGCCCGUCGCCAGUUCCCUGAGCAUCUGCUCCUCUUGCCAGGACGUAACAGCCUCGACAGCCAAGAACUGCAGCGGCACACUGGCGACAAAGGCCCAGAUCUGCAACUACACGACGCCUGCAAGGAAUGAGCUGGCGGCAGAGAGAGGGCCAGGGGGAAGCUCGACCUACUAUGCCACAUGGAUCGACACAUCAGCUCGCUUCGGCAGCGACACCAUAAACGACGGGGCGCCGGCCAUAAUCAGCAGCGUCGCCAUGCUCCGAACGCAGGACCCCAGAAACGUGACAGGCUCCCCGAACACUUUCAACGCCCACAUCGACGAGUGCCAUUUCUACUGGUGCAAGAUAACGUACAACGAGAACCGCAUCUUCGCAAACGGCUCGCGGAUCUCCGAGACCUCGAGGGAACUCCUCAACUGGGACCAGUCCAAACGCGUGCCCAAGGUGGCGGUAAUCGACAAGGGGAACACAACCUCCUACACCAUCAACGUGAUCGACUCCUCGGGCAUCGCCCGCAUGCUCCAGUCCCUCUUCUCCACGUCCCUCAUCUACCAGGGGUACAACAACCCGGUUGAGACGGAGUUCAGCAUCGCGCAGCUCCUGUACAACACGGCCAACUUCUCCAGCCUGAUGGAGUACACCGCGUCGAGCAUGUCGGCGAGGCUGCGCUCGGGCAGCGGCAGCGUUACCAGCAAUGUCACCCACGUCCGGGGCACCGCCAUGCACACCGAGACCUACAUCCACGGGUCCGUCUCAGGCAUGGAGCGGAUCGCAGUGGAGAAGACCGCUCUCUGUGACGACUUCAUCAAGAAGAGGAGGUACGAUGAUGCGGAAGGCAAUGAUGGGUUGAGAAGACGAUUUAGCUGA